AUGCCCCCAAAGAUCUUCAUAACCGGCAUAACCGGAUACAUAGGCGGUUCUGUAUUCCACGCUUUAAGUCGGCGCCACCCAGAGUACCAAAUAACGGCAUUCGUGCGGACAACACCUCGGAAUUUUGCCAACCUUUACCCUGAUGUUACCCUCAUUCAUGGAACGUGGGACGACCGUGAAGUCCUCACCGCUGCUGCAACGGAAGCAGAUGUAGUAAUCCAGUGCGGCAGCUCAGAUCAUCUGGGUGCAGUGGUGGCACUCCUUGAUGGAGCAUUAAGAAAGGAUAAAGCCAAGACGACGUACUAUAUCCAUCUUAGUGGAACUGCCGUGAUAUCGGACUAUGGUGACGUUGAUGGCGCCAUUUAUCGUGGAAGAUCAAAUCCAAAGGUAUAUGAUGAUCUAAUCAAUGUGGAGGAGGUGAUCUCACGACCUGAUGGCGUGCCGCACCGACAUACGGAUAAGAUUAUUCAGGAGUAUGCUCAAAAGCAUGGCGACGUGCUGAAGACAGCGAUUGUGUGCCCCCCCGAUCUUUAUGGACGUGGCUAUGGACCCGGGAAACAAGACAGUGUUUAUUUUCCUGUGUUUGUGAACGAAGUCAAGAACCUAGGAUACCCAUUCUACUGUCAUGAGGGGGGCAAUACUAGAGGCUGGGCACAUAUCGAUGAUUUAAGCGAGCUUUACACGCGAUUGAUUGAGGCCGCAGUGAACAAGGAAGGCGAAGUCAGCUGGGGCAGGGAGGCAUAUUUCUUCGCAACCACACAAGAAGCGACGCAGAAAGAUAUAGCCACCGCUACAGGCAAAGUUUUGCACGCCAAAGGUGUCAUCUCAUCCCCAGAAGCCAUAUCCGUUUCUGAAGAGACUAUAGCACCGAUGUGGAAAGAGCUCGGCAUCCCGAACGUUGCAUUCUAUCUCUUCGCGAACAACAGCCGCUCAAAGCCAUUUCGGGCUGAGAAAGAGCUACGUUGGAAACCUAGGGCGCCGACUUUGUGGCAGGAGAUUGAAAAGGAGGUUGAGGCGUGUAUAAGCUAG